CAGAGCUGCUCCUCUUAUUUCUGGUUUUCUCUCUCUGGAUGCAGGAGAUGAACAUCUCAUAAUGAGGCAGCAGUGAUGACGUCACUCGGAUUGACUCCUCUCCUUUCUCUGCUGUUUCUGCUCAUGGUUUCAGGAGGUGUUGUUUCUCAGCGGUGGGCUGUGUUUUACACACCGAGAUCCAUCUGUGCUGGAAAGGGAUCUACAGUGACUCUGGGCUGCAGAUACACAUAUCCAACAUCUCGAAAUCGGUCUAAAGUUGAGAAAACUUUCUGGAGCAGAGAACGGGUUCAAAGACGUAAAGAGCCUCCUGAUCUGUCUUCAGACCCAGAGUACAGAGACAGGGUUCAGUACCUCGGAGACACACUGAGUGACUGCAGUCUCAGACUGAGUGAUGUGAGAGAACAGGACCGAGGCACAUACUACUUCACAUUUAUAACAGACGGAUAUCGUGGAAUUUUUCAAGGUGUACCUGGAGUUUUUCUUUCUGUCAGAGCCUCAGAGCUUCAGGUGGAGAUGAGUCCUGAUGAAGUGGUUGAGGGAAAGACAGUCACUCUCACAUGUAAAAUCACCUGCAGCCCGACUGUCUCCUGGUACAAAAGUGGAAAUCUUUUAUCCUCCUCUUCUAACCCUCUCCGUCUGCAGCCAGUCAGUCAGAGGGAUUCAGGUGAUUACAGCUGUGCUGCACAGGGAGAAGAUUAUCGCUCCCCUGCUGUCACUCUUGAUGUCCAAUAUCCUCCAAAGAGUGUCUCAGUGUCCAUCAGUCCCUCUGGUGAGACGGUGGAGGGCAGUUCAGUGACUCUGACCUGCAGCAGUGAUGCGAACCCACCUGUGGAGACCUACAGCUGGUAUAAGGUGAAUGAAAGCUCACCUGUAGGAUCUGGACAGAGUUACAGCUUCACGUUGAGCUUCAGCAGCAGUGGAUGGUUUUACUGUGUGGCUCAGAAUAAAUACGGGAAUCAGAGAGCAGCUGCAGUGCCUCUCACUGUAAAUGGGGGCAGAAGUGUCGUUCUGUAUGUAGUUCUUGGAGUCACGGUUGGAUUUGGAUGUUUAUGUGCCGUCAUUGGUGUUUUAUUCAUGUGGAGAAAGAGAAGACGAGGUUCAGCUGAUGAUGCCAUGUCCAGUCAGAAUGUUCACUUCAGUCCAACUGAUGACACGUACACAGCUCUCGAUCCUCAGACCAGGUCCUACAAUGACACGUACGACACACUUGCAACGGUUCACCCGAGUCCUCCUGAUGACACGCCCGCAGCUCGGGAUUCUCAGUCCAUCUCUCCUGAUUACAACAAUCUACCAGCUUCAAGAAAGCGACAGUGAGCUCAUCAACCUCAACAACACCAGAGAGAGAGAGAGAGAGAGAGAGAUGCUAGAAUAAUUCUGUUUUUGCGCUGUGGAUCAAUAUUGAACUCAAUUUUUAAAUAGAUGAAGAGUGAAAGCUUUAUGUUUAUGAGCAGUAUAUUGUAUGUAACUGCACGUGAUUCUUAAUUCCUCAAAACUAAGCAUUAACAAGAGUGUGCAGGGAUUUUUAUCUGUUUGGCGUUGCAUCUAUGAAUUCUUUUUCUAUAUGUGUUCUGUAUCCUCCCAUUUUCGUUAGUUUUAUAUCUUUAUACU